AUGGCAAGAGCCAUUUCCUCUUCCUGCGCUCGCUUCACCAUGCGCCUUUUCUCUACAACCACCACCACAUUCACCGCCACAUUACCCAAACCCUCAUCAGUCUCGCUCCCUUCGCGUCGGUUCCUCUUCCCUCUCUCCCAUGCCAUCGUCCCUCCCUCUACCCGCGUCGCGGGGAUCCGCUGCCGCGUCAACCGCGCUGGCGACUCCGCCUACUCCCCGCUCAACUCGGGCUCGUCGUCGUUCAGCGACCGCCCUCCCACCGAGAUGGCGCCUCUCUUCCCCGGUUGCGACUACAACCACUGGCUCAUCGUCAUGGACAAGCCCGGUGGCGAGGGCGCCUCCAAGCAGCAGAUGAUCGAUUGCUACAUCCAAACCCUUGCCAAAGUUCUCGGCAGCGAAGAGGAAGCUAAGAAGAAGAUUUACAAUGUUUCCUGCGAGAGGUACUUUGGUUUCGGCUGUGAGAUUGACGAGGAAACCUCUAAUAAGUUAGAAGGGUUGCCUGGAGUUUUGUUUGUGCUACCGGAUUCUUAUGUUGAUCCUGAGAACAAGGACUAUGGUGCUGAAUUAUUUGUGAAUGGAGAGAUCGUCCAGAGGUCACCCGAAAGGCAGAGAAGGGUGGAACCACAGCCACAAAGGCAUCAAGACAGACCAAGAUACAAUGAUAGGACAAGGUAUGUCCGCCGCAGAGAAAACUCACAGUGA